AGAUCGCAAACAACAGCCGCUCCAGGACGACCUAAACGUGCCCAAAGCCGACGGGGACGUCCAUCCUGGGAGAAAGCCGAGCUGAAACGGCGCUCAGAGCUCAGCUCGCUGGCAGGGCCCCCAAAAAUGUCGCAAACCACCAAUCAGCUGGCUGUGCCGCUCCGGCGGGCCACCCACCUGUCGUACGCCCCAGCGGUCCGCCAGUACAUCUCCAACAAGUAUGACCAGCACCCGGACAUGUUCCGCAAGGAUAUCGAGGUCAUCGACGCCCUCCGCCGUGACGCCGUCAAUGUCCGAGAGGCCCAUGCUAGUGGUAUCCAGAAGCUGCAGGCCUACGCCGCUCAGCUAGUGUGGAUCAGCGGCAAGUUCCCCAUCGAUAUCGGUGCCGACUUCUCGUGGUAUCCUGCCCUCGGCUACAACACGGAGCGCCCGAUGGUGCGAAACAACCUGCAAUACGAACUGCUCAACGUUCUCUACAACCUGGCCGCACUAUACUGCCAGCUAGCCAUCUCGUCCAACAGCCAUGGCGACGCCAACGCCAUCAAGGCCGCAGCCAACUACUACUCGCACGCCGCCGGCGUGCUCCGUCACAUGAAGACAUCCGUGUUGCCCGAGCUACGCAUGCCCGACCCUCCAGAGGACAUGGACGAGACCACCCUUGAGUCUCUAACGCAGCUCAUGCUUGCCCAGAGCCAAGAGUGCUUCUGGCGCAAGGCCGUCACCGAGCACUACAAGGAUGCCACUGUUGCCAAGCUGGCUGCUCGCGUCUCGGACCUUUACAACGACGCCGCCGAGGCUGCUAUGAAGAGCCAGGCCAUCAGCUCUGCCUGGAUUCACCACAUCAGCGCGAAGCACCACUUCUUCGCCGCAGCUGCCCAGUACCGUGCCUCGCUUGACUGUCUCGAGAAGCGUCGAUACGGUGAGGAGAUUGCACGUCUGCGUGAUGCCGUCGCGUGUACCGAUGAGGGACUCCGCCAGGCCCGUGGUGGUUACAUCAAAGAGGGAGUCGUCAACGAGAUUAAGGCUCUCAAGACGCGUGCCGAAGAGGACCUGAAGCGCGCCGAGCGCGAUAAUGAUGUCAUCUAUCUGGUUCCCGUGCCUGCAAAGCCGGAGCUCAAGGUCCUAGACCGCGCAAACUUGGCCAUCGCGCGCGUGCCGCCCCAAGUUGCAAACCCCCAUGACCACCUUGGGGAGCAGGCCGAGUUUGGCCCUGCCCUGUUUACGAAACUGGUGCCCUUCGCCGUCCACAUGGCCGUAUCCAUAUAUGAGGAAAGGCGAGACAGGCUGAUGAACCAAAACAUCAUUCAUGAGCUCGAGACCCUAACAGAGAAGCUACAUGAGAUGCUCUCAUCGCUGAAUCUGCCUGGCUCACUCCAAGCGCUGGAAAAGCCGCUCGGUCUGCCAGGGUCGCUCAUCCAGCACGCCGAGGAGAUCCGGCAAGCCGACGCCCUCCACCGGAUUCACCGCAGCUUCGCUGACAUUGAGAAGCUCCGGUCUAGCGACCAGGCAGUGUUUGAGGAGGGCAAAUCGUUGCUAGGUGCCGAGGAGGAGGAAGACCAACACUUGCGUCGAAAGUAUGGCACUCAGCGUUGGACCCGUCCAGAGUCACGUCAAGACCCCAGCGGCGGCGCCAAGCUUUGGGGUCAGGUCUCCGAAGUCUCUGGCUAUUUGGCGUCGUCAACCUCGUCUGAUGCCAUCGUGCGCGAGAAGUUCAGCGCGGUUGAGGAUACGCUUCUUAUUCUCGCCGGCCCCGACCGAGGGCUCAUGGACUUUGUGCCCUCGAGUCGGCGCACUGAGAUCCCAGAGUCUGUGAAGCCAGCUCUUGGCCGCCUGCGCGGCGCCUACAACGAUGUUCUCCGGUUGGAGAGCCGGCGCCGCAAGCGCAUCGAGUCUCUCCGCGAGCGCGCCCGUGCGGAUGAUAUCAAGCCCGAGAUGCUGCGCGAAGCCGCCCGCCUCGAACGUGCCUACCCCGGCACACAGCUUGCCGCCGCGCACUUUGAUGACUUCUUCGAGCGUCGCCUUGACUCCAUGUACGAGGACGACUUGGCGCUGGUCGAACGCGAGGCCGACGAGCAGGAGAAGGUGCUGGCCGAAGUCGGCCGAGUAAACCGCGAGUUCGAGGCGCAGAGACGCGCUACGGCCGCGUCGUCGGGUGGGCGCGAACGCGAGGCGGCGCUGCAGAAGCUUGAUGCCGCCUUUUACAAGUACAAGGAGAUCGUCAGCAACGUCGAGGUAGGACGCAAGUUCUACAAUGACCUCAGCAAAAUCGUUGGCCAGUAUAGGGAUCAGUGCCGCGUCUGGGUCGCCGAACGGCGGCGGGACGCAAGAAGUCUUGAGGACGAAAUAUCUAUGCCAACACUCUCAUCUCUUUCCCUUCGCGAUAAUGCACCGCCGCCCCAACAGUUUUAUGCCACGCAACCGCAGCCCCCGCCACCACAGCAGCAGUCGCCACAGCCACAGCAGCAAGAAGCACCGUCAUCACAUAUGCCACCCACUCAUAGACCAGUACCCUCACAGCAGAUGUGGUCACAGGGCAUGGCGAUAAAGUUUGGGAAUCCUACAAGUCCCGGUGACACUUCAGAGACCCCACAGCAGCAGCCACCUCCAGGUCCCAAACCUGGGACAUGGGAUCCCAGUGCGGGUAUCCGAUUCGGCUAGUUGCUAUUCCCGGACAUUUGACUACUCUGCUCGAUGUAUCUGGAACGGAUGUAACAUGUAAAAUGUAUUGGUACGAGUAGCAUAGGCCGGCGCUCUAUUUACAUCAAUUUGCUUCCA